AUGGUUGCACAUCGUCGCGGCCCUUGGUCGCAACACGAGGACCAGUGGCUCGUGAACCUCGUUGCUCGCAACGGCCCGCACAACUGGGUCCGCAUCUCACAGGAAAUCGGCUCGCGAUCGCCCAAGCAAUGCAGAGAACGCUAUCAUCAGAACCUCAAACCAUCACUAAACCACGAUCCUAUCACUCCUGAAGAGGGGGAGCUGAUCGAGAAGAUGGUAGCAGAAAUGGGCAAGAGAUGGGCUGAAAUCGCAAGAAGACUCAAAGGACGCAGCGACAACGCAGUGAAGAACUGGUGGAACGGCGGCCAGAACCGACGGAAGCGCAAUCCAGAGCGGCCUGAGACUCGAUCCCGCGACCAAAUGCUGCCAUCGCAGGGUGGCUACCACUACCCAGCAGCUCCUCACAGCCUCCAUCAUGACGAACCCCAAGUACAGUCCUACCACAGCUCACGACGACCAUCGCUGAAUCCUCCAACGCAAAGCCCUCACGCCAUGAAGCUACCCCAACCACAGCGCUUCGAGCCUUACCCGGGAUCACGACCGCAACCACUCGACAUGUCUGCGUUCAGCCACCCAUCCGCUGCACGAGCAAGAGGCUUCGAGACGCCGAUGCCUUCUCCUUCUGGCUACUCGAUUGUUUCUGCUGAUGGUGCCCCCUCGCUCAUCACAGACACGGGUUCAGAGUCACGGUCACCACGCGGUAUCGCUUCACCCCUAGACAUCACUCUGGCCCCACUCGUUGGCAACAGGGACGAGCGAAAGCACUCCAGCACUCGCUAUCUACCUGCAACAGGCUUUGCACCCGAAGAUGACUCCUACCCCUCGCACUUCGACAGCUACAGGCGUCGCAGCUCCUUCCAACUGCCACCUCUGCACCGCAGUGAGGCCCCAGCACCAGCGCGAUCACCCGCCUUACAAGAGCCUGGCUACGAGCGCCCUGAACGGCCACAAUUGCUCACUCAGCCUGCAACCCAGCUGGUACAUCACCAUUCGCUUCCGCUGUCCGCGCCGCUAAGCGUUCAGCAACGCGCACUCCCAGCUUUCCACUCAUUAGCUGAGCCGACCCUGUCUACCUCAUCCAGCGCUACAGCAAGCCCGUCUGCCAGGCAACUGCCAUCGCCUUACGCGCGGCCUGCACUGCCAUCGGACAUCAAGACCGCCGCGCCUGUCUCACCCAAAGACAAGAUGAACCUCAAGAACAUCAUGUAG